AUGAGCAUUAGUAAUUUUAAAAUAUUAAUCUUUUUCAGAUCCGCCAUCAACUUCUGGAUACUUUGCUGCAUCCCACUCUAAGCUUAGCAUUCAACAAUUGGUUGACUACAGUGAUGACAGCGAUAGGGACCCAAACUAUAUUCCAAGCGACGAAAGUACUGAUGACGACAAUGCCGUCAAUACCAAUACGGUUUUUUGUAAUGUUGAAGGCAGUAGUGAAAUCCAGCAUGACAAGACUGAUGAAGUCAACAACAUGUCACAAAUACAUGAAAUGAGCACUAAAAUUCAGCAGCCAAAAAAACGUAUGCGGAGAACUGAAACAUGGCAGGUCACUAAAAGGUCUGCAGCAACUCGAGCAGGUCUUGAACAUAUAUCAAAAUCAGGCAAAAAAAAAGGGCAAAGUCUUUAAAACCAGGAUGUGCGUCGUGUAGGAAAAACUGCACACAAAAAAUCAAUGAUGAAACUCGGCAGCAAAUAUUUAAUGCCUACUGGAAUGAACAAAAAACAUGGGAUCUAAAGAGACAAUUUGUCCGUUCUCAUAUUAUGACAAAACCAACUGAACGGCAUAGACCAAAGGAUAAUAGUAGAAGUGGGCAACGCAAACAGGCUAUUUUAUACAACUUUGAUAUAAAAACAGGAAACCAUCUAGAAAAAAUAGAAGUUUGCAAAACGUUUUUCUUAAAUACAUUGGCAAUAUCAGAAACAGUAGUUCAUAAUGCUUUAAAGAAAGAUGUGAGCGGUGGAUUUGUCACUAUGGAUAUGCGAGGACGUCAUGUUCCACCGAAUAAACUUUCCAAUGAUGUACUUAAUAAUAUUCGUGUACAUAUAAACAGUUUUCCUUCUUAUGAAAGCCACUAUUCCCGCCAAAAAAGCUCAAAAAAAUAUCUUGGUCCUGAGCUUAACAAAGGAAAAAUGUAUAAAUUAUAUUUAACUAAAUGUGAACAGGACAAACUUCCUAAAGACCAAAUUGCUAAGUUCUGGGCCUAUAAAAAAAUUUUAAAUUCUGAAUUUAAUGUAGGUUUCAAAACUCCUUCAGCCGAUACGUGUGACAGUUGUGAUAAGUUUAUUUUGCAGCUAAAGGAAUCCGCCAAUGAUGCCCAAAAGUCUACUAUCCAAGAGCAAUACAGUAGUCAUCUUCAAGAUGCUGACGUGAGAUAUAAACUUAAAAAAAGUGAUAAAGAAGUAAGCAGAAACUCACCUACAACAACCNUAUCGAGAUGA